AUGGGGUUCCCGGCGCCGGUGUUCUCAGAGUGCGAGGUGCCCAGGUUGCUUCUCAACUUCGUCUUCCUGCUCGCCCGCCACCGCCGCCUCUCCUCCUGGCUGCUCCGCCUCGUCGGCGCUGGCGUCGACGACGAUCUCAGCUUUGACCACCCCACUACCUCCGGCAUCACCGACUACCACCGCCAUCACCGGGAGCAGUACGAUGAUUAUGAAGAACGCUGCAUCGAGGAGCUGGAGAAGCAUUCCCCAGCCAUGCGCUUCGACGCGCUCUCCGGCGCUGGAGACGUAGCUCUGCUGCUGCCGGAGGGGUGUGCGGUGUGCCUCGGCAACUUCCACGGCGCCGCGCACGUGCGCCGGCCGCGCGGGUGCAGGCACGUGUUCCACCGCGCCUGCCUCGACCGCUGGGCCGCACAUGGCCACAGCACCUGCCCGCUCUGCCGGGCGCCUCUCCUCCCGCCCUUCCUCCUGCCGCUGCCGCUUCCGGCGCCGUGA